AUGGAUGCUAUCGUUGCUCGGGUCAAAGAAUGGGCUACAACUGCCAAUGAGGCAGACCGCAAGAAAGUGAUAAGCAUUUUGCGCAAUUUGAGCUACGCUAUUGACACACCGUAUGUCGGUCUGCACCUUCAAAUCACGGUUGCUCGUUUUGGCAUUGAGCUGGGCAUCUUCGCAGCUCUAAACGAAGCAAAGGAACCGCUCAGUAUAGCAACCCUAACCCAGAAGUCUAGAUCUGCUCCAGAAAUUCUCAGUAUGAUGAUAGAAAUCAAAAGGUUUACUUGGACUAUGGAUCUGAAUUAUGUAUAG